AUGGCGCGUUCAAGAGUUCCUUUGCUGUCCUCUAUGUGCAGAUCAUGUCGGAACUCCUACCUCACACAGCCGCGCCGGGCCAUCUCAGAUUCAAGCUCAAGCUCCUCCAGAGAACCAGAGCGCCAGCCCAGCAGACUCUCUGAACGGCUAGGGAUCAAAGUCAAUGAAGAAGUCUCGGCAAAGGAGACUGAUGCUCUGAGCCAUUUCCACGAGCUCCUACGCGGAAGUUCAAACAGCAGUGCAGCGUCGUCAACCACGAACAAUUCGAUGCGCUCCAUCUUCCAAAGAGACCUGCGGAACGUCGCCCAAUCUGCACAAGCAGAAGCCGCAACACGGCCUUCUCUCAGGAGCUCGUACACGGACGAGCCAUACCACAUCAACGUCUACGCCCACCGGCAUAACACCCAUAUCACAUUCACCGAACCCAACCGUAAUCCAAUCUUAUCCUUCUCAUGCGGCAACCUGGGGCUGCGCAAUGCACAAAAAGCAUCCUACGAUGCAAGCUUCCAAUUAGCAGCAUACACCUUUCGGAAAAUGGCAGAGAAACAGUGGAAACUUGGAGGCAGCAAAAGCAACAAACAUAACAACAAUCCAUGGUGCACGCUAUCGAACAUUAAAAAGCCGGCGUACAGUGGUUCCCCCGGCGCAGGAAUCGAGGUGAUUUUCCGAGGAUACGGGCCAGGAAGGGAGGCCUUUCAGAAGGCAUUGCUGGGGACGGAGGGGAGGAUGAUUAAGCCUCUGAUUGCGAAGGUGACGGACGGGACGAGGCUGAAGUUCGGCGGAACCAGGAGUCCGCAAGUCAGAAGAUUGGGUUAA